AUGCUGGCUCGAGAGAUCUUGGGCAAAGUAUACAAAGGGCUCAACGAACGACAACGGCAGGCCGUUCAGGCGCCAGCGUCAGGCAUUCUCCAGAUCGUGGCGGGCCCAGGAACUGGAAAGACUACCGUGCUUGUGGGCAGAGUGGCCUACCUUCUCUUGAGCGAGGACAUCUCGCCUGAAAAUAUCAUUGUCACGACGUUUACGAAAAAGGCUGCUAACGAGAUGUUGGAAAGACUAAGGGAGCUUUUGAAGGGCACGUCUAUAGCCGUGGGGAAGCUUCUUAUAGGUACUUUCCAUAGUAUAUGCUAUAGGAUCAUCCAGAAACACGGAUCGAGGCUUGAUUUGGCUGGGUUUAGUAUUGCGGACGAUCGGGACGCUAAACAGGUGUUGAACGAGGCGAUUUUGGGCCUUGGGGAUGAUAAAUGGGACGUUAUAGAUGGCCUAGAUGAGUUGGUGAAGCUACCGUAUAAGAGUGGUAACGAUGAUCAGAAGUAUAGAGGUCUUGACCCGAAAAAGCUCGUCAAGGGCAUUUCUUCGUUGAAAUCUAGGGGUCUACUACCGACAGACUAUGAACGAGAGAUUCAGCAGAAUAAGCUUCUACAUAUCGUCUACUCGGCUUACCAGGAUAGGUUGACUGCUAACAAGCUUUUGGACUUUGACGAUUGUCUUCUUUACUGCCACAGGAUCGUUUCAAAGUACCCUGUUCUCAGUUAUAUUGAGCAUACGCUCGUGGACGAGUUCCAGGAUACAAACGAGAUCCAGCUCCAGCUCAUGUACCAUUUCGCCAAGGGCAGUUUAACAGACAGGGAGCUCCAGAAUAACGUUACCAUCGUUGGAGACCCAGACCAGAGUAUCUACGCGUUCAGAAACGCCCAGAGCGUCAAUUUCGAUAAAAUGAAAGACCACUACAAGAAGCAUAAAUUGCGUGUUAUCACCCUCGAGGAGAAUUAUAGAUCAACGCCUGGCAUUCUUAGUCUUUCUGAAACGCUCAUGCACCAGCAGGCUGGUAGAGCUGUCAAGACGCUUCGGUCACAAUCUGAAUGUGCCAUUGAGCCUGUUUACAGUAACUUCAACUCGUCUGAAGAAGAAGCUGCUUGGGUAGCUUCCAGGAUCAAACAGAUCAUGACCCUUCCCCAUUUCAUACACUCAGACUGUGCCAUUCUUGUGAGGUCAGCGUACCAAACACGAGCUAUCGAGACAGAGCUUGCAAGGAAGAAAAUACCGUACUUUAUGGUUAAAGGAAGAGCGUUCUGGGAACGUAAAGAGGUGGUUGCCAUGAUGGACUACUUGCGGUGCGUGGCCAACGAUAACGAUCGUAUAGCCUUUCUUCGAUGUGUGAAUUUCCCAAAAAGAGGGUUUGGUCCUAAAGCGAUAGCUGAGUUGGAGGCACAGAUUGAAAAGCAGGGUGAAGACGGUCUGGUGUUCAGGACACUCCAAAACUUGUCUACUGGUCAAAUUUCGUCUUCUUUGGGCCCCAAAAUGAGAAAAAGUCUUGAAGGGUUCCUUGGACUUAUAGAAAAGUGCCGUUUGUUGUUGCCAGACGAUAUAGAAGGCGCCUCAGACAUGUCUUCCCGGCUCGAGAAGGUCUUUAUGGACUUGUACGUUCAGUCAGGGAUCCAGAAAGAGUUUGUGGAAAAUGUGGACUGUGACUUGAACGUUAUGGAAGUGAAAAGCCAGCUUCUUGACUACCAGAUGCCAGAAGAAGACUACCUUCCUGAUUACCUUGAAGAUGGAGAAGAACCUGUUCCCACAGAGAUCGAAGUAUCUGGCCAAACGUUUCUCCAGACGUUUAUUGCAUCGGUAAGACUCUUCGAUACAGACCCCGAGCUGAACGACCAGGAAAGUAUACCCAAAGUUGCACUUUCCACGAUCCACGGCGCCAAGGGCCUUGAAUGGCCAGUUGUGUUUGUUCCUGGCGUUUCUGAAGGGCUCCUUCCAGCGUCUUUUGCCAUGACAGAUGAAGAGUCGGUGAAUGAGGAAAGAAGAUGCUUCUACGUUGCAGUUACGCGUGCCAAAGCGUUGCUUCUUCUUUCUUCGUAUGUGGAUGGCCCAAGUAAUGGGAAAUGGAGAGGAAUAGAAAGCGUUUCGAGAUUCCUAAAAGGAAUAACCAAAAAGCACAAAACAAGGCUUCACUUUAAAGAUGCCCAGGCCUUGGAGCAUUUAUACACUUUGCUAGGCAAAGAGAAGGUUGAAAGCGUUGCCGAGGUUCUAGAAAAGUUCCGUGGUGAAGACAAAGAAACACCAAAUACCAAGUACAACGACUAUUCUGUGGAAUUCAGCACCGCCAGAGACGUGAAACCUUCACUGAAGAAAGCCCCUUCGUCGCUUAAUUUCUUGAACCAGCGGUCAAUGGGUGUUUCCCAGAAAUGGGAUAAACCAGCAGUUAACGCAACAAUGACGCCAGGGCUGUUUCGUCCUCCACGUCCAAACCCAUCGUUUGCUCCACAGACAGCACCAGGAACCAAACCAGAAACGUCAAUAACUGUUUCGCUGGGCGUCAAAAGAGCACCUACUUACAUUCCAUCCAGACCCAAAAGCAAGAAGCGUUUGGGCACGAGGUAG